UCUCUCAUAAAACAGAAGCCAAGAACGGCGACAGUGACAGCGGCUGCGGCUCCGGCGGCUGCGCGCGAUCCUCUUCUCAGUCACCGCCGACACUCCCAACAAUGCGCGCGCUCACCCAUCUCCACCAGACACCACCGCAUCACACCACUGCGUCCGCAGUCUGAAAUUUACCUCCCCCGUUUUAUUGUUGUAGUUGUUCAGCAUCCGACAUACUACCAACCAUCGAGACGCAAACACUUUCAUUUGUACCCUUCAUCUGAAUGACGGGCGGACGGUUUGACUUCGACGAUGGCGGCACUUUCUGCGGUGGAUGGGAGGACGGAAAAGCCCACGGACACGGCAUCUGUACCGGCCCCAAAGGCCAGGGCGAAUACUCCGGGUCCUGGUCCAACGGGUUUGAGGUAGUCGGGGUGUACACCUGGCCCAGUGGGAAUACAUACAAUGGUUACUGGGCGCAGGGGAAACGGCACGGGCUCGGCGUGGAGUCCAAGGGGAGGUGGCUGUACCGCGGGGAGUGGAGUCACGGAUUUAAGGGUCGGUAUGGGGUUCGCCAGAGUCUCAAUACACCUGCCAGGUAUGAAGGCACAUGGAGUAAUGGACUGCAAGAUGGAUAUGGGGUCGAGACAUACGGAGAUGGGGGUACGUACCAGGGCCAGUGGAUGGGCGGCAUGCGACACGGCUAUGGCGUACGUCAGAGCGUGCCUUACGGCAUGGCCACUGUCAUCCGCUCCCCACUGCGUACCUCGCUGGCCUCCCUCCGCAGCGAGCAGAGUAACGGCUCGGUACUUCACGACCACAUGUCCGACAGCCCCGCUGGCACCCGGGGCGGCUUCGUCCUGAACUUCCACAGCGACAGCGAAGUGGGCUCCGGCAAAAAAAAGGGCCUUUUCAGACGGGGUUCGCUGUUCGGGAGCCUCAAGCAGCUGAGGAAGUCAGACUCCCGUUCUUCCAUAUCCAGCAAGCGCAGUUCAGCACGAAGUGACGCCACCAUGAGCCGCAUCAGCUCUAGCGAUGCAAACUCCACCAUUAGUUUUGGAGAUGGAGAAGGGGCCGAUGAGUACAUGCCAGCUGAGGACAAUGUCGAUGCCACCACCACUGAGUCAUACAUGGGCGAGUGGAAGAAUGACAAGCGGAAUGGUUUCGGUGUCAGCGAGCGCUCAAAUGGGAUGAAAUACGAAGGCGAGUGGAUAAACAACAAACGCCACGGCUACGGGUGCACGAUAUUCCCUGAUGGGACGAAAGAAGAGGGGAAGUAUAAAAAUAAUGUUUUGGUGCGUGGCAUCAAGAAGCAGCUUAUUCCCCUCAAGAACACCAAGACGAAGCAGAAAGUGGACCGUGCUGUUGAAGGAGCCAUAAGAGCGUCUGCCAUUGCCCGCACAAAAGUAGAAAUUGCCACCUCAAGAACCGCACACGCCAGGGCCAAAGCAGAGGCAGCUGACCAGGCGGCCCUGUCUGCCAGCCAGGACUCUGAUAUCGCCAGAGCAGUGUCCAGAGAACUGUCCCCCAACUUCUAUCAACCAGGCCCUGACUAUAUCAAGCAGAGGUUUUCCAUUGAGCCCAUUGAGAUUAAAGAAGUACCAGAAGAAAAGAAAGAGAAAUCGCCUUCAGGAAGUCCGCACUUUUAUCGCAAAGGCACAACCCCAACCCAGACCCCUUCCCAAAGCCCCGGUCCUACCCCACCCCCCUCACCUCCCCUCAGCAAGAAAAAGCCCUUCUUUAACAGAAGUGCCCCAAAAGCCAUUAAAGAAAACAAGUCCCCUGCUGCCGACAGCCUGGCAGCAGGUGUCACCAAGGCUACUUCCAAGAUAUCAGACAAACAGGAAGUAAAACAGGAGGUAGUACCUGUAGCCAAACCCUCCAAGCUGCCAGCGCCAGUCGCCAAUGCCUCCAGCCCUGGGAACGGUGAGCUGCACUCCCAGUAUCACGGAUACUACGUGAAGGCGGAGGUGAUGAUGCCACCCGAUGAUCCAGAGGAUGAAGAACACCAUGGAACGACAGCUGCUCAUACUAGGAUGCCCCCACCUGCAAAGCAGUACCGCGCACCAACCCCCAAACCAGUAAUGGCCAAAGAGAACAAACCCGAACCCAAACUGAAGAAACAGGAAUCAUUGAAGCCAAAGAGCCUAGCAGAAACUAAGAAAGCCAGCAUGGAAAUUACUACUGACAUCGUUGAGGAGGAGUCAGGUCCCAACUCAAUAUUGGUCAUACUAGUGAUGCUGAUAAAUAUUGGACUGGCAAUUAUUUUUGUCCAUUUCCUCACUUGACGGAACAUUAAACUCAGCUGUGCCUGAAUGUUAUUCAACAUAAUGACUUAUCCUCUAACUGUUUCGACCCUUCAGUGAGCUCAUGAAAACUAGCGGCAUAGCCCCUAAUUCUCCGCAGUUGCUUCAAUGGCCUUUAAAACAAAAUGGCACCGGUCAGACUCAGACACAGGCAAAGGACUGGACGACUGGAAUUAGAGCAAAUCAUGGGGGAAAGUCGAAACCCGGACCAUUCGGCCUGAGCCAACCCAGUUCCUCCGGCGAUGAUUUGUGACUCGCUUGGGCUCUGAAAGCUGAAGCAAGCAGUCGUUGGGAAAGAAAAAGAAUCUGCUGAUCCAAGCCGUACCCAGUCAAGUGCAUGUCCACCCCGCUGCUAUGGGGAGGGGUGGAAUGGGGGGACUUAACUGGAUAUGUUCGGAGAUGCACUUUUAGCUGACGGAAGCGAACAGCUGCCUUACUAUUUUACCAACUGACGUUUUAAAGGGGAGAUGUGCAGUGGGUUGCCAGUGUGUUUGGGCAGCAGGAGUGUGUACCAGUGUCCGCUUUCUGCUUGGUUCGAAACACCAUGCACAUUUGCCAGUCUUAUUCCAUUACCCAUCUCUACAGCCUUGUCUAACAUCUCUUGCUCCUGUUUUAGGAGAUUCAUCCAUGACAUGCCUGUGCAUGGUACUGGUUUAACGACUUUGUCUUGACCUCUUGUUUUUUCUUUGUUUUGUGUUCUUUAUUUCUGCACCUGUAGCUAAGGAUGAUGAAAAUAUCUCUAGUCCCCUGUAAAACCAAACAUAAAAAUUAAAGUACACUACAGUUUUAACUGUAAGAUUUACACAUCCUAUGGAGAAAACAAUAAUAGAGUAAAGUGUGUGGUUUGAUUU